UCCAAUAUUUUUUAUAAUCAGUACACAUAUAAAAAAGGUGAGCAAAGCUUUACCACUGCAUAAAAAAAAAUGGGUCCAUUUUUUCCAGUACUUCUUUUUCAUACUCAAAUUCAAAGCUUUUUUCUCUAAAGAACACGAUCCGAAUCGAACUCCGCCGCUCCCCCCGCCGCCCCCCCAAACUUCUUCUUCUUUCUCGAAAUAUACAGAUUUUGAACCAAAAUUUCCGAAUUUCACGUGAGCGACUUAUAAGAUAUAUUUGGGUUCGAUUUUUAUUUGGUUUGUUGAAAUGGAGGAUCAGUACGGAAUGGCAGAUCUAAGACAAUACAUGAACGGAGGAAGGUCGAUUUUCGGUUCCAUCCAACAAGUACCACCACCAGAGUUGUUACCUGUUACUUCUCACCAGCAACAACAACAUAGGAAUCUCGGGCCGGGCCAUCACCAAUAUGAGAUGGUGAUAGAUAUGGCCCAAGUUCCUUCGUCUUCAUCUGCUCACGGGCUUACUACUAUCCAUCAUAAUCAUCACCACCAACACGAGUUUCUUACAGACUCGAGUAAUCCUGUAGCUGUUACUACAGGUACUACUACGAGUGCUGGAUUUAGCGGGAUGGAUCAGAUGGAGACGGGUGGUGGUGGUGGUGGAGAUGGAAGCGGGCGGUGGCCCAGACAAGAGACACUUACACUACUUGAAAUCAGAUCAAGAUUGGAUUCAAAAUUCAAAGAAGCUAAUCAAAAAGGUCCCUUAUGGGAUGAAGUUUCAAGGAUUAUGUCUGAGGAACAUGGAUACCAAAGGACUGGAAAGAAGUGUAGAGAGAAAUUUGAGAACUUGUACAAGUACUACAAGAAGACUAAAGAAGGGAAAGCUGGAAGACAAGAUGGUAAACACUAUCGAUUUUUUCGACAACUCGAAGCUUUAUAUGGUGAAACAAGCAAUAAUAUUUCCUCAGCCUCAGCUUCAGAAGCUCUUCAUCAGGGAAGUUAUUUUUCUUACAAUCCCGUUAACAACAUCAAUCAAGAUCCUCAUAAUUUUCAUCAUCAUCACGCUCCUAAGCUCUCUGAUAGCAUGAGUCUCUCAAAUUCAUCUGAAUUCAACACGAGUUCCUCAGACGAUAGUGAUCAAGACAAGAUGAGCAAGAAGAGAAGGGGGAAGAGGAGCUUGAAGGCGAAAAUAAAAGAUUUCAUUGAUGGACAAAUGAGGAAGUUGAUGGAGAAACAAGAAGCAUGGUUGGAGAAAAUGAUGAAAAUGAUUGAGCAUAAAGAACAAGAAAGGAUAUUGAGAGAAGAAGAAUGGAGGAAUCAAGAGACGAUUCGUAUGGAAAGGGAACAUAAAUUUUGGGCUAAUGAGAGAGCAUGGAUAGAAGCACGCGAUGCUGCUUUGAUGGAGGCUGUGCACAAGCUAAGUGGGAAAGAUUUGAAGAGUAAUAGUAGUAACCCGUGUAUUCUUGAUGAAGAAAUUGUUGAAAUUCAAGGUCAGAAUGAUAAUAGUCUGAAAGAUGACAUUGACCAACAUUGGCCUGAUAGUGAAAUUACUAGGUUAAUACAACUUAGGACUAGCAUGGAAUCAAGAUUUCAACAAUUGGGGAUUUCAUCAUCAAGAGAUGACGAUGAUCAUGAUGAUGAUGAUAAUGAUGACGAUCAUGUCUUAUGGGAAGAAAUUAGUGCAAAAAUGGCUAUUUUGGGAUAUGACAAAAGUGCUACAAUGUGCAAGAAAAAAUGGGGCAGAAUCAAUAGUUACCUAAUGAAGUGCAACAAGAAAAGAAAAGAUCAAAAUUCAACAAGUUUGUUAUGUUACAAUAGUAAUGUCCAAAUCAACCAUCAAUAUUAUGAAGCUGAUGGAUCAUCAUGUUUUAGGUACUUAAUGGGAGAUCAUGCUGAUAAUCAUCAUCAUCAAAACUUAUGGGAUAAUUAUGAAUUGAAAUUAAGCAAAGGUGGUGGUGAUGGCGGCGGCGACAAUAACUGAUGAUGUGUCACAACAAGUACAACAAGACAAUUUGUAAGUUUUUUUUUUCUAAAAAAAAAUAAAUAAAGAUUGGUUGACAUGAAGUUUGUCUUGGGUUGCUAACUGUUUUUGUGGAACAUAAAUUGAUUUGAAGUUAACUUGUCCUAGCUAGGAGGUUGAUCCAUUUGGCUAUCUAAUUUUUACUAUUUUGAUUAGAUGUUCUAUUUAUAUGUUUGUAUUCAAAUAAUUAAGUAUUGGAUUGAUAUGGUUCUCUUCAAUUUGCUAAUUCUCGUGA